AUGUCUGCUAGGAGCGUUAGAUUGUUUGUAUUUGCAAUCGCGAUCGCGAUGGCUUUUACCGCGGAAAACUCAACAACUCAAAAAGUCAAAUCUCAGUACACGAGAACGGCACUCCACGUGGCAAGAAGUUUAGAUCCCUCCGAUUCCGAAUUGCUACAAGUAAAAGCUAAAAAUGGAGAAAUCGCAACCCUCAUUGUUAAAAAACGAAAUGGUAGAAAUUCAUCGUCGCUCACGAGUAGCACCAGCGAAACGCCAUACGUACAAGUACCCGUGAAAUCUCGUCCAGUGCCUAAAAAACUUAAUUUAGUACCCGAUCCCGUUGAAAUACGAUCCGAUGCGAUAUUUGUCAAAGACGAUGUUCAACAAAAAAAAAAACCUAGACAUCUUACGGACGUAACAAUCGAAGAUGGCGUCCCGGUUAUCGAGGGGGUAAGAGAACCCGAUACACCAGAAGAUAAAAUACACACUUGGAGAAAUGCAAAAGUUAUUAACGGAGUCCUUGUACCAUAUAAGCAAUCAUUGAAUUCGGAAAUACCAUUGAAAAAUAUGGAAAAAAGAAAACCGGAAAAACAAGAAAUUUCGUUGUCGUCAUACUAUGAAACACGUGAAAAACCUUCCAUGUUUGGAGAAGAUGAUGCUGUUAAAAGUCAAUGGAAGGGUUUGGCCGAAUCCAUACCCAUUCAUCGUAAAAAACCGGAAGAAAAAUUAAAACCCAUUCCUCUCGUGUUCCCCGAUAAAAAUCAUGCCAAGAUCAUCGAAUUCAUAAAUAAAAUUAAUUUGAAAGAAAUUCAACAGAGAAGGAAAAACGGGAGAAGUAUAAAUUUCGGGGAUAACGACAAAGCGAGUAGGAGAAUGGAUGAAAAUGUUGAUGAAAAUGAAGAGCCCAUAUGGGUGAACACUCAUCCGCAAGAAAUCUGGACGAAAGAUGGAAAAAUCAACGUGGCCGAUCGAAGAAUGGACACUUCUCCUGAAUCCGACCCUGAUGAAAAUAAUAAAUUUAUACCUAUUGCACCGACUCAAGCACGCCUACUACAAUCUCACGGCAUUUCCAACUACCCAUCGUCUUCCAUCUAUUCCAAUCAACCCUCGAGAGUUUCGUUCGAAGAAGGAGUCAGAACUCCCGUUCUUCAAUACGCACAUCCAGAAUUAGGAGCUCAACCGGCCAAAGUGGAACGAGAUUUGGAAGAAAUAGAAUUAUCGAAAUCUAAAGACCCGUCACUGCCAUCCCUUAUUUAUUUUUCAAACGAUCCAUUUGCCGAUCGGAGUCCAUACGCGUACGAGCCGGGUUUAUCGGAAGUUUCGGAAGAUUCUUUAAGUUCAAGCACUGACAUAUCCAACAGCAUUGGAAUAACACAAGAUCGUGAAAGCAACAGACGACAAUCCGUUCGAAACAUCGAAUUCACAACUUCCGCUCCCGAAAGUUCAACCAUCAACACCGAUAAAAUUGACAUAACGGAAUCUCCAAACAGACUCAAAUCAGAUUAUUAUCGCGAUGCAUCUUACGGACCUGGAAACGACAAUUAUUUACAAACGUACCAACAUUAUUCCUAUCCUGGAAAAUAUUCAAUGUCGAAAGAAGAUUACUACAAGUGGAAAAUGGCGGGAAUGAGUUACGGAAACAAUCCGAACCCGAACAGUUAUUACAUAAGGAUUCCGGACAAUCGUCCUUUUUGGGAAAAAUUAAAGGAUAGCAUUAAAGAAACCGUACAGAGCGGAGUCGAAAGCAUGAAAGAAAUGACUCGACCCGUCAUGGAACCCAUUGUCGAAGCGACGCAAAGGAUAUCGGAAAAUCUUGGAAUUCCAGAAGCGACGGCUAAAAUAAGUAAUACGUUGGGUUUGAAUCAAGGUACGGGAAUGAGAACGGCUUUGCAAGAAAAAAUAGGUGCCGCCGCAUCGAGCAGUCCGGUUUUGCUUCCAGCAUUAGGUUUAGUAGGUGCAGGUGCCGCAUUAGGAUUAGGUGCAGUCGCAGUCGGAAGAUUACUCGACGUUAAUGUUAAUCUUCUUAAAAGAAGUGAAAACGGUGAUUAUGUACUUAACGCUUUGGAUGUCGGACAAGGGAAAUCAUUGCAAGAAACAACCAUUUACAAUAUUAAUAAUAAUAAUAAUAAUACUCAUGCAAGCGAAAACGCAAAUUUGAAAAACUACGAAAGACAUGACGAAAGCGGAAUCGAAGGAUUGGAAAAAUUUCAUUUCAAUACAAAAGACAACGUUGAUGAAAACAAAUCGAGGAGACGAUCCCUGACAAUGAGAAAAGAAGAACAAGAUGCCAACGAGGAAUACCUGAAGAAGUUACAGAGAAACGGUAACAACAUCCAAGACCUCGAAGAAUUCACUCAUAAGUUAAACAGUGUUAAAAAACCAAAUUCCUGGAAAAACAUACCGUGCGCACAAAAAAUUUUCUGCAAUUCAUUAACGAAAUUAUCGCCGGCGAAAAUUUCACAGGUCGAAAUGAAAAUUAUCACUCCAGAGUAA